AGGUUGAUGGGCGCCAUGUUUAAUAGAUCACAAGUUAGCUAGCAUUAGCAUUAACGCUAGCUGUUUACAAGCCAGAACUUUGAACUCGAGUCGGAAAUCUAAAGCGAGCCCUCAACCUGAUCGAAGAUGAAUGUGAUCGAUCAUGUACGAGAUAUGGCUGCCGCUGGUCUCCACUCUAAUGUCCGGAUACUGAGCAGUUUGUUGCUGACGAUGAGUAAUAACAACCCAGAGCUUUUGUCGCCGGCCCAGAAGUACCAGCUGCUGGUUUACCACGCCGAUGCCAUCUUCCAUGAUAAGGAAUAUCGUAAUGCUGCCUGUAAAUACAGCAUGGCUCUGCAACAGAAGAAGGUGCUCAGCAAAACAUCUAAAGUCCGUACUUCUACUGGCGGAGCUGCAGCGAACAUACAGGCUCAGAGUUUGCCCUCAGAAAUUGAGGUAAAGUACAAGAUCGCUGAAUGCUACACUAUUUUGAAACUGGAUAAAGAUGCUAUUGCCGUACUGGAUGGGAUCCCAUCCAGACAGAGGACUCCUAAGAUCAACAUGAUGCUAGCUAACCUGUACAGGAAAGCUGGUCAGGAGCGUUCUGCCGUGACGAGCUACAAAGAGGUCCUCAGACAGUGUCCCCUCGCCCUGGAUGCCAUCAUUGGUCUUCUCUCUUUAUCAGUGAAAGGAGCUGAAGUGGCGUCCAUGACUAUGGACGUGAUCCAGAGCAUCCCCAACCUGGACUGGCUCUCUGUGUGGAUCAAAGCGUAUGCCUUCAUACAUGCAGGAGACAACCAGAGAGCCAUCAACACUAUCUGCUCUCUGGAGAAGAAGUCUCUGUUGCGGGACAACGUGGACCUCCUGGUGAGCCUGGCAGAUGUAUAUUUCAGGGCAGGUGACACCAAGAACGCCAUCCUCAAAUUUGAACAAGCCCAGAUGCUGGACCCGUACCUCAUCAAAGGAAUGGAUGUUUAUGGCUACCUGAUGGCCCGUGAAGGACACCUGGAGGAUGUUGAAGUCCUGGGAGGACGAUUAUUUAAUAUCUCAGACCAGCAUGCAGAACCCUGGGUGAUCUCUGGCUGUCACAGCUUUUAUAGCAAGCGUUACUCCAGAGCCCUGUACCUGGGAGCGAAGGCCAUCCAGCUGAACAGCAACAGUGUGCAGGCUCUCCUCCUGAAGGGGGCAGCACUGAGGAACAUGGGGCGAGUUCAAGAAGCCAUCAUCCACUUCAGGGAGGCCAUGCGCCUGGCUCCCUGCAGACUUGACUGCUAUGAAGGUCUGAUUGACUGUUACCUGGCAUCCAAUGGGAUUCGAGAGGCGAUGGGGAUGGCCAAUAACAUCUAUAAGACUCUGGGGGCUAAUGCACAGACUCUGACCAUCCUUGCCACAGUGUGCCUGGAAGACCCAGUGACUCAGGAGAAAGCAAAAACCCUGCUGGACAAAGCACUGGCCCAGAGACCCGACUACACCAAGGCUGUGGUGAAGAAGGCUGAACUGCUCAGUCGGGAACAGAAAUAUGAAGAAGGGAUCGCUCUCCUCCGGAACGCCCUGGCCAAUCAGAGUGAUUGUGUUCUGCACAGAAUGCUGGGAGAUUUCCUGGUGGCCGUCAACGAUUACCAAGAAGCCAUGGAUCAGUACAGCAUAGCGCUAAGCCUGGACCCCAACGACCAGAAGUCUUUAGAAGGCAUGCAGAAGAUGGAGAAAGAGGAGAGUCCCACCGACGCCACGGUGGAGCUGGACGGUGACGACAUGGAGGGCAGUGGAGAGGAUGGAGAUCUGGAGGGCAGUGACAGUGAAGCAGCCCAGUGGGCUGAUCAGGAACAGUGGUUUGGUAUGCAAUGACCCCCCCCCCCCCCCACCCCCCCUCCUCUGGGCCAUCGGGGGCGUCAAACAGGACAAGGUCUCCCAGCAUCCUGACAACCUGAUCAACCACUUCACUGUGGAGCUCAUUGAGCCUUGUUUACUGUCCAGUAGUCUCACAGGAGCAGUAGACACUCAGUCCCAGAGGAAAUCCUGAUGUGGUGGUCAACACCUGGGUGGCUCAGUAUUUGUGAAAAUGAAGUAAUGACUCGGACUCUACUUUUGUUAUUUCUUCAGCACUUGUUUAUUUCAUUGUAGCUGGCAGUCUGAAUAAAUGCUUCCCAGUCCCAGGUGGUGUCAGUGUACAGAACCAGACCUGCUGACGGUUGUUCAGUAUACUGGAGAGCUGUUCACAUACUGGGAGGUGGUUUUAACAGAACCAGACCUGCUGAUAGUUGGGUUGUUGUUCAGUAUGCUGGAGAGCUGUUCACAUACUGGGAGAUGUAGACAGAAUCAGAUCUCCUUCACAUAUGUUACAGGAGAUUUUAACCUGAUGUUUUCUUUGAGCCUGACUGAGUCACAGUGAAGGUUGGUCUGUGAAAAAAUGACUAUGUACCAUAUAUCCGCUGCUCUUUAAAAUAUAUCAUCUAAAUUUGAGUUUUGUCACAUGACAGUGUGUCAUGUAAUGUACAUGCUUUAUUAUUUUGGUGUAUGUUGUCUGUUGAGUCUGCCUUUCUGUCCAAAAAAAAAUAAUCCUACAAUUGACUCAAGUGUUUCAAGAUAGUAUUUUGUACAUAUUUUUAAAGUGUAUAAUAAAAUUAUUAAACACUCACUUGA